GGAGCCUCUUUGACUAAGUAACAAGGGACAGGAACUGCACUCUGGUUCCAUUUUGUAUUCUAAUUUGUAUUCAGACCCAUGCAAGAGUUAAAGAGUUUGAUGCUAAAUAAGCACAGAUGGAAACCAGCGCAGCCCAGUGCAUCUUUGCUUAGGAUAAUUUCUCCUCUCUUUAUUUUCUCCAGUCCUGCCUUCCUGCCUCUGACGCAGGGAGCUAAGGGUCUGAAUGAAACCUAUUGGAGGUUCCAAUUAAAUUUUUGUGAACAAAGGGCACACAUGGUUUCUCAGAUAACAGGUGGCAAUAAAUCCAUCAGCACAUCCAGCUUCAGAGAACAGAGUCCCCGCUGAACUGCUAACAGCUGCCAAUAUCUCAUGAGUACCUCACACAAGAUGGGGUCUAAGUGAGUCUCACUGGCCUGGGCAGACUUUCUCCCCUCUUCUGUAAAGGCUGCAGAAGACCUGUACGUAAGUGUAACAGGUCUUCCCUAAGAACCUGGAGGAGAGACGGCCCGGCCCAGUCCUCACCAUGCUCAGGGUGGUUUCGGACGCCCCUCGGCGGUUGCUGCAGGAGGGGAGAGAGUCCCGGAAGCUGGUGCUGGUGGUGGUGUUUGUGGCUUUGCUCCUGGACAACAUGCUGCUUACCGUGGUGGUGCCCAUCGUGCCCUCCUUCCUAUAUGCCACAGAAUUAAAAGAAGUCAACACUUCUCUAGACCUCGGCCCCGCCACGAGUUCCCGGCACGCCCUCCCUUCUCCUGCCUUUUCCGCCAUCUUCUCUUUCUUCGAUAACUACACCAUGGCUGUUGAAGAAAGUGCGCCCAGGGGCAUGGCAUGGACAAAUGGCACUUCCGGCACCGUCACCCCUCCAGUCACUGGAGCCCUCUCAGCCCAUAAAAACAACUGCCUGCAGGACACACAGUUCUUGGAGGAAGAGAACGUACGAGUCGGGGUUCUGUUCGCUUCGAAGGCUCUGAUGCAACUUCUGGUCAACCCGUUCGUGGGGCCUCUCACCAACAGGAUUGGUUAUCACAUUCCCAUGUUUGCUGGCUUUGUUAUCAUGUUUCUCUCCACAGUUAUGUUUGCUUUUUCUGGUACCUAUACCCUGCUCUUUGUGGCUCGAACCCUACAAGGCAUUGGAUCUUCAUUUUCAUCUGUUGCAGGUCUUGGGAUGCUGGCAAGUGUCUAUACUGAUGACUACGAGAGAGGCCGUGCCAUGGGAAUCGCCUUGGGGGGCCUGGCUUUGGGAGUGCUGGCGGGAGCUCCCUUCGGAAGUGUGAUGUAUGAGUUUGUUGGGAAGUCUGCCCCCUUCCUCAUCUUGGCCUUCUUGGCACUACUGGAUGGAGCACUCCAGCUUUGUAUCCUACAGCCUUCCAAAGUCUCCCCAGAGAGUGCCAAGGGGACUCCAAUCCUUACACUUCUCAAAGAUCCUUAUAUCCUGGUGGCUGCAGGCUCUCUCUGCUUUGCCAACAUGGGGGUGGCCAUGCUGGAGCCCACACUGCCCAUCUGGAUGAUGCAGACCAUGUGCUCCCCUGAAUGGCAGCUGGGUCUAGCUUUCCUGCCUGCCAGUGUGUCCUACCUUAUCGGCACCAACAUCUUCGGUGUGCUGGCCAGCAGGAUGGGUCGGUGGCUGUGCUCCCUGAUUGGCAUGGUGGUCGUGGGUACCAGCUUGCUUUGUGUUCCUCUGGCUCAUGAUAUUUUUGGCCUCAUUGGCCCCAAUGCUGGGCUCGGCUUUGCCAUAGGCAUGGUAGAUUCCUCUAUGAUGCCCAUCAUGGGACACCUGGUGGACCUGCGCCACACCUCUGUGUACGGGAGUGUCUAUGCCAUCGCCGAUGUGGCCUUUUGCAUGGGCUUCGCUGUGGGCCCAUCCACCGGGGGUGCCAUCGUGCGGGCCAUCGGCUUCCCCUGGCUCAUGGUCAUUAUCGGGGUCGUCAACAUCACCUAUGCUCCCCUCUGCUACUGCCUGAGGAGCCCCCCAGCCAAGGAGGAGAAACUAGCAAUUCUGAGCCAGGACUGCUCCAUGGAGACUCGGAGGCAUGCAGCCCAGAAGUCCACAAGGGCGUUUCCUCUGGGGGAGGACAGCGACGAGGAGCCUGGCAGUGAGGAGUAGCAGCAGCAGGUGGCCC